AUUCCCUCAUCCUUUUUUUGACGCAACCAAGAUGUACACUAUUGGAUAUCAAGAGCAUUGUUGAGUCUUUUAUCAAAGGAUAAAGAUCGACUAGAUACAGGGCCUUUUUUCUUUUUCCCUGUUUUAGUCAUUAGCGUUAAGCAAUGGCAGAAUCAUCAGACAAUCACUAUGGCCCUGCUGCGGAGAGUAGUAGUUCAGGGGAAGUUGACGUGGACCAUGAAGUGGAAAUUGUUGAAGAAAAUGGAAAAGCUAGCAGCAAUGUAAAUGCAUCACCCCGGUACAAGGAUAGCAUUGGCGAUCAUUCUUUGAGUUCCGCAGGAUCCACUGCCAAGAAUUUGCCUGGGCAGAAUCUUGCAUCUAUUGGAGACUCAGCAGUGGAAAAUGUUAACCCUACUUCCGGUCAACUUAGCCGAGCUACAAAGCUUGGAAAGAAUAAUGGUCUUGGAUUUUUGGCCUUGAAGCUUUUUGAUGAAAGAUUUCCACUAAAGAAAAAGCUCAAGUUGCUGAACCGAUUUGCAUCUGUUCAAGAUGAUGGAACCGUGCAAUUUGAAGUUCCUGGAAACGUUAAACCCCAAGCUCUUGAUUUAGGUACUGGAGUUAUGUAUGAUGGAUCUAGAGUGGAAGAAUCUACCGGUGCAGGAGAUAUACAAGACCUACCUCCAUUGCAAAUUGUUAUGCUUAUAGUUGGGACACGUGGAGAUGUACAACCCUUUGUUGCCAUUGGGAAACGUUUACAGGAGGAUGGCCAUAGAGUGAGACUAGCAAGCCAUUCUAAUUUUAAAGAGUUUGUUUUGGCUGCUGGAUUGGAGUUUUACCCUCUUGGUGGAGAUCCAAAAGUUCUUGCUGGUUACAUGGUGAAGAACAAAGGAUUCUUGCCUUCUGGGCCUUCUGAAAUUCAUAUUCAGCGAAAUCAAAUUAAAGAAAUUAUAUUCUCUUUACUUCCUGCAUGCAUGGAUCAUGAUCCAGAAACAAAAGUUCCAUUCAAUCCAGAUGCUAUAAUUGCAAAUCCCCCUGCUUACGGACAUACGCAUGUUGCAGAGGCACUAAAAGUACCACUUCAUAUAAUUUUCACAAUGCCUUGGACGCCAACUAGUGAGUUUCCACAUCCUCUAUCUCGUGUGAAGCAAUCAGUUGGAUAUAGACUAUCAUAUCAGGUUGUUGAUGGACUAAUAUGGCUUGGGAUACGGGAUGUGAUAAAUGAUUUUAGAAAGAAAAAACUGAAGCUAAGGCCUGUCACAUACUUAAGGGGUUCUUACAGUUCACCGCUUGAUGUGCCUUAUGCAUAUAUUUGGAGUCCAGAUCUCGUCCCAAAACCAAAAGAUUGGGGACCCAAAAUUGAUGUAGUUGGCUUUUGUUUCCUAGACCUUGCAUCAAAUUAUGUUCCACCUGAUUCACUUGUAAAAUGGCUUGACGAUGGUGAAAAGCCUAUUUAUAUUGGCUUUGGCAGUCUUCCUGUACAAGAACCAGAAAAAAUGACUGAGAUAAUUGUUCAAGCUUUGGAAAUGACAGGACAAAGAGGCAUCAUCAACAAAGGCUGGGGUGGUCUUGGAAACUUGAAAGAACCAAAAGACUUCGUGUACUUGUUGGACAAUUGCCCUCAUGAUUGGUUGUUUGUAAGAUGCGCAGCUGUGGUGCAUCAUGGAGGGGCAGGAACAACAGCAGCUGGUCUUAAAGCUGCGUGCCCCACAACUGUUGUACCAUUCUUUGGAGACCAACCAUUUUGGGGAGACCGUGUUCAUGCCAGGGGUGUUGGUCCUGCACCCAUUCCUGUGGAUGAGUUUUCACUUGAAAAGUUAGUUGCUGCAAUCAAUUUCAUGCUGGAUCCAAUGGUUAAACAACGUGCUGUCGAACUAGCAAAGGCAAUGGAAAAUGAGGAUGGGGUAACAGGAGCUGUGAAAGCUUUUUACAAACAUUUCCCUCGUAGGAAAUUGGAGGCCGAGCCUGAGGAACCACGAAAAUCCAAUUUGUUUUCUCUUCGAGGCUGUUUUGGUUACUCGAAGUCCAUCAGAUGAACCUUCAUGAGUCUAAAGGCGGACUAUAUUCUGCUUCAGUUCCUCCUAUAAAUUUUCAGUGAGUGCACUUUGCGGCUUCCAGUCACUUCUAGAUGGAAGUUGAAUGCGGACAGAUUACAUGCACACCGUCAAUGAAGAAAAGAAAGGAAAGCAAGAGAAUGAGAGAGAGAGCAAGUGGGAAAUACCUGGAAGUGAAAUAUUGUAACAUCUUCGCGAUUUUUGGUGCGACUUCAAUAAGUCAAGAAAGUCUUUUAGGUGUAGAGAAUGAAUUGGUUUAUCUGGGUGUACCUCUUUGUAUAUGUAAUGUGUAACAUAUUGAUAUUCGUGAACAGUUCAAACAAUGGAAAUAUUUGGAUACUUGU